AUGACGAAGGUAGAGGAAGAACGGGGGAAAGAGAAAAGGGUAGAGUUGAAAUGCUGUGGAGCUAAUAGUUUCGAAGAUUGGAGAAGAAGUGCAUGGUUGAUGCAUACGCCAUUAGAGAAGCGACUUGUACCAGAUUCAUGUUGUAAAACAGAAAUACCAAUGUGUGGGAAAAGUGACCAUCCCAGCAAUAUUCCUUAUACGGGUUGUAUACACAGUAUGACUGAUAGAUUGGAGCAUCAACUUUGGCUUUUAGGAGCAGUAGGCCUGGGAAUGUGCGCUUUGCCCGUAUUUGGAAUGAUAUUCAACUGUUGCCUUUAUAUAAAAUUGAAAGAUUUUAUUGACGAUUGAAAAAAAUUAUUUGAAAUUAUUUUAACGUACAAAUGAGGAGAAAUUUGCUUAUACCAAAGCUGAAUAUUGUAAAAAACAUUUAUUGUAU